CGGACAAACGGUCAGUCCGCGGCUUGCGAUUGGUUCAUCGCGGUUGUCUGAUCAUGUGACUCCGCGGAGGGCGUGCCGCGUCAUCAGUCCGCAGCCAUGAACCGGGAGAGCAGCUUCAGGGCCCCUCCUAAAAGGCGCGCCCGUGGCUCCAACCCCAACAUGUCCGCCCCUCACCAGCUGUUUGACGACACCAGUACUGGAUCUGUACCCCAUGGCGCCGAGUAUCCCAGCCACGGCUCCCCGGCUUUGGGAAUCCCGGCUCAGGCGUUCUUAUCAGAGCCCAUGUCAAACUUUGCCAUGGCGUACGGCAGCAGCCUGGCCUCCCAGGGCAAGGAGAUGGUUGACAAAAAUAUCGAUAGGAUUAUCCCCGUGAGCAAACUCAAGUAUUAUUUUGCCGUCGACACCGUGUACGUGGGGAAGAAAAUCGGCCUCCUCAUGUUUCCCUACAUGCAUCAGGACUGGGAGGUGAGAUACCAACAGGACACUCCCGUGGCUCCGAGAUUUGAUGUAAACGCUCCCGACCUGUACAUUCCAGUCAUGGCGUUUAUUACCUAUCUACUAGUUGCUGGAUUGGCCCUAGGAACACAGAACAGCUUCACGCCGGAGAUCCUGGGCAUGCAGGCCAGUUCUGCGCUCGCCUGGCUUAUUGUUGAAGUAUUUGCCGUCCUCCUCAGCCUGUACCUGGUGACUGUGAACACCGACCUCACCACCGUGGACCUCAUAGCGUUCGCUGGAUACAAAUACGUGGGGAUGAUUUGGGGAGUGCUCGCUGGUCUCCUCUUCGGAAAGACGUUGUAUUAUGUGGUGCUCAGCUGGUGCUGCGUUUCUAUUGUGGUUUUCAUGAUCCGGACCCUUAGGUUGAAGAUCCUAUCAGAAGCUGCUGCGGAAGGUGUCUUGGUCCGUGGGGCCCGGAAUCAGCUGCGCAUGUACCUGACCAUGGCUAUAGCUGCUGUGCAGCCAAUCUUCAUGUACUGGCUGACGUACCACCUGGUGAGAUGAUUGCCCACCGGAGUCAUUCGAAGGGACGCUCUUGAUUUUUACCCCAAGUCCGCGUGACGGGGGACGUCCUCGUUCACCCUGCCCCCCGCCCUGAUAUUAUUCCCGUCUCUGUAUUUGUAAUGUGCCGUUCGGACGCAUUUCCGUGAUCCCCCAACAGACAAGGAGCCGGCGCCAAUCUGCCCCCAAAAAAACGUGAAGUGACCACGAGAAACUGCCCCAGCUUGCUGUCUGACCGGAGUCUUUGGCGCCGCAUUAUAUUUUUUAUUUUCGCAUUGAAAUGUUCUGUCUGUACAUUAAAUUAAAACCCUUUUCCCAGA